AUGGGUGGACAUCGACGGGAUCAGAGUGAUAGCCACGUUCCGUUACGACCCUCAGCAGAUUUCGGAAUUGAAGGCACCGAGCUACAGGUGCGGCUUGAUACGUCCCAGCAUUCCCUUGCCUCACCCACGUGCAAUGGGAUUUCCAUCAAUAUCGACCCAGCUGAUCCCGAACCGACUUGUAUUAGUCCGAAACUUAUGCAUCCGCGUCGUUCUGAGGGGCUGAAGACAGUGAUUGCCUUUUGUUGUCUAAUGCUUUCGGCGUUUCUUAACUUUUUCCUACUCACCGUCAUUCAUGACGUGGUUCCGCGUCAGCCGCUUCCUGAUCUCACCUUUAUGAUUAUUCCACAACAGAAAUGGGCUUGGUCAGUUGGUGAUGUGCUGUCGACUGUUAGCUCUGUGAUGGCGUUCACUGUAGUGCUUCUUCAUCAUGAACGAUGGGUUGUUUUACGUCGUAUGUUUCUUCUUGGUGCGAUUAUGUACGGGUUGCGAGCUGUUGUUUUGGGAGUUACUUUUCUUCCUCCUUCGUUUCAUGAUCGAGAUGAAAUAUGUUUAACGCAAGUAAACCGAUCAGCUAUGUAUGGGAUGGAAAUUGCUACUAGGUUCUUGACCUAUGUUGUUACUUUGGGCCUCACAUCCGGUCAGGAUAAAAUUCUCUGUGGUGAUUUAAUGUUCAGUGGACAUACAGUUGUGCUUACCAUUAUGUACUUUGUACAGCUGCAGUACACACCAAAGGGACUGGUGUGGAUGAGGUACCUAGCUGCUCCUAUCACUUUUCUUGGAAUAAGUGCGCUAGUUGUUUCCGGAGGCCAUUACACAAUGGAUGUUCUUAUUGCAUACUGGUUAACUAGCCAUGUUUUCUGGGCUUAUCAUCAGAUGUUCGAGAUGCCGAAGAAGGAUCGUCCUGAUGCCCCAAUGAGUAGACUCUGGUGGUUUUGGUUGUGUUACUGGUUUGAGUCCGACGUUGGAGAUGGGCGACUAGAAAAUCGUUGGAAUUGGCCCUUUGAAGGCCCAAGGGUGAUGCAUGACGUGAUGCGAUCUCAUCAGAAGCACCGGUUUGCUCGCUUCUUUUCUCACGUCGUGUCUCCCACUCUUUUGUCCAAAAGCGCUGAAGUUCGUGUCACCCCAGGGUCAUUUAUUUGCAACGACCACCUGUCUUAA